AUGUAUCAACUCAUUCUGCAUGCUCUCACCUUCCCACUUACUUUUCUUCCAGGCCCCCACACUCUCAACACUGCACGAUGCAAAUCCUCCCCACAAAGCGACAGCUGGCCCUCCCAUGAUGAGUGGCAUGCUUUGAACAGGUCAAUUGGCGGAUGUCUUUUGCGCACUGCCCCUGCCGCUUCUUCCUGUUACGAGGGUAAUCCGCUAGGCUCGCCGCACAAGUGCUCCGAAGUGAAGGAGAAUUGGAAGUAUGGAGCAUAUCAUGCUCACUGGCCGGAGAGUAUCAGUUAUUCCAUCUUCACUAAUAAUUCGUGUAUCCCGCCGGGAGGGAACGGGUACGAUGAGAGACGGGGAUGUACUCUUGGUGCAUUGCCUCAGUAUAUUGUCAAUGCGACGAAGGAAUAUCAGAUCGGUAAGGCGAUGGCUUGGGCGUCGGAGCGGAAUAUUCGGAUUGUGGUCAAAUCGACGGGUCAUGAUUUUAAUGGAAGAGCUACAGGAGCAUAUUCCCUGUCGAUCUGGACUCACAACUUCCAAAAUAUCGAGCACAAGUCGGACUGGCAGGUUCCGGGCAGCAAGCACACUGCAGAUGUCUUGAUCUGCGGUGGCGGGACCAUUUGGGGCUCGGCUUAUGAAGCUGCAUACAAGGCGAAGAGGACGCUCGUCGGUAGUGAGGAUGUCACUGUUGGUCUGGGGGGUCAGAUCUCAAAUGGAGGGCACGGUAUCCUUUCCAUCCAUCACGGUCUUUCCUCGGACCAGGUCUUGCAGGCUACGAUUAUCACCAGCGAGGGCCGUCGACUGGUGGCCAACGAUGAGCAGAAUCAGGAUAUCUUCUGGGCUCUCCGAGGUGCCGGUGGUGGUCAAUUCGGAGUAAUUACUGAAUACGUGCUGGCCACUCACCCUCUUCCCGAGAAUGUGGUCAGUAGUGCGGUGACUUUCCAUUCUCGCGACACGUCGCAGAUGAUGGAAGACGCAUUAUGGGCUGGAUUCGCCGAAUUUGUCUCGCAGCUGCCAGACCUGGUGGAUUCCGGCGUCACCGGCACGGUGGAUGCCAUGACGGGAGAGAUGGCGAUGAAAUAUCUCCCUAUUCCUCGAAAUAUCUCCGGUCCAGCCGUGACGGCCAAGCUUGUUGCAUUCAACACCACCGUUGGAAGCAUGCGUCACAAGCUCAGACGACUGGUCACCCAACUCCACAAUGCCAGUGGAGGAAAUCUGAGUCUGACAGUGACUGAACCUUUUUCCGAAACUUUCUGGAUGUACAGCAAGCCGAGAGUACUCACUAGCACAUUCGCAGGGGCAUCCCGCUUCUACACGGGACGACUCUUGGGUCGAGCUGAACUUUCUGAUCUGCCACGGGAAGAUCUCAAUCGUCAUCUUCGUCGAAUGUUUGCUGCCGAGAGACCGGACGAAGGUACGCUGCUGCGCUUUGAUAUCCAAGCUGGACCGGGAACACACAAGGUUCCAAAGGAUCGAUGGGCCAGUGAGAACUGGUCCUGGCGAAACGCAUAUUCACUGACCAUGGCGUGGGGGGCCCAUAUCAAUUCAACCCAAGAUCCCAGCACAGCGUUGCAAGCAGCAGCCAAAUGGUACGAAAAAUAUAAAGAGCCCGUGUGGAGGGAAUGGGCGCCCAGUGCCGGUGCAUAUAUGAAUGCCGCCAAUGGACUCAGUAGUACCUGGAAGCACGACUUUUACGGCGACAAGUACGAGAAAUUAUUGAAGAUUAAGACAAAGUAUGAUCCAAAGGAAAGUUUGUGGGUUCUCAGUGGCGUCGGAAGCGAUAAGUGGAAUUACGACCUCCACAGUGGCCUGCUGUGUCGCGUGGAUUAA